UGGGUUCCUUUGGUGGGCAUGUUGAAGAAUGAGAGAGAGAAAGAAACUACUACUACUACUGCUCCUUCCACCAUGGUCUUCUACAUCUUCUACUGCUCCUAAACCCUCCUACAACAUCUUUAUUUGCUUAUUCCUGAUGCAAACUCUGGGACAAAUGGACAAUGUUUCUCACAGGAUCCAAGAAAGUUACGUCGAUUUCACUCAUAUUCUUGCACUAUUAUUUAAAAUAUUUUGCUUCUUAAAUCUUUAUUUCCAAUUUGAGCUUCAGCCUUCAGGUGAGAAACAUCUUGAUACUGGAUUACAUGGACCACAUGAAGAUGGAGCCAGCUUCUUCAUUGUCGGAUGAGGGUCUCAAUCAAUUUUCAAAUUUCCACACUUGCAAUCAUGACCAUAAGAGGUACUCAAUUCUCCCUCCACCUGAAUGGUUAAGCUAGGUUGAAUUAUAUAGCUUUAAAAUGCUUAAAGUUUUAUACGACUCAUUAUC